AUUUGCAGUUGGUGGUCUGUUUCUGUACAGAUACGCCCCUUCAUCUGUUCUCACUGCAGCUUGUUCCCAAUUUCAGUCUCAGACCUCAAUGAAACCCUUAGUUUUCUAGGCUGUGCACGCAAUUCUAGCCCUGAUACAGGAGAAGGGAGCUUCCUAUGCUGCCUCCCAGACACAUUCCCCUCCUAACUCCAUCAGCAGGCAGCCCCAAUACCUGCUUGUACUGGUGUACAAUGGGAAGCUUUGAGGAGAGGAAUUGAUCAUCUUCACGGAAGAGUAAUUUGAAUGAAAUUCCACUUGACAGGCUGUCUCCAAGCAAAAGUCAGGCAGUGAGGAGGGAGAGUGCAGCGCGCAAGGCGUGCACACACAGCUACAGCACUGCUGCACAGUCACACAGUGUGCACUGCACCCACAUCGCAUUAGGGCUCCUUAGUAGUUGGUGCUAGUUCAGAUUCCAGCCAGAGAGGUGGACAUGGAGGAAAACAUGGAAGAAGGACAGACACAGAAAGGUUGCUUCGAAUGCUGCAUAAAAUGCCUGGGGGGUAUUCCGUAUGCAUCAUUGAUCGCUACUAUCCUGCUAUACGCCGGGGUUGCACUGUUCUGUGGCUGCGGUCACGAGGCUCUCUCAGGCACUGUCAACAUUCUGCAGAACUAUUUUGAAAUAGCAAGAUCUGCUGGGGACACACUUGACGUCUUUACCAUGAUUGAUAUCUUCAAAUAUGUCAUCUAUGGCAUAGCCGCUGCCUUUUUUGUCUAUGGUAUUUUGCUGAUGGUAGAAGGAUUCUUCACAACUGGUGCCAUUAAGGAUCUCUAUGGGGAUUUCAAAAUUACAACUUGCGGCAGAUGUGUGAGCGCAUGGUUUAUCAUGCUGACAUACCUUUUCAUGUUAGCCUGGCUUGGAGUCACAGCUUUCACCUCCCUACCUGUCUACAUGUACUUCAAUGUUUGGACUGUUUGCCGGAAUGCAACGUUAGUUGGUGAAGCUAACUUUUGUUUGGAUCUUCGUCAGUUUGGUAUUGUGACUAUUGGGGAGGAAAAGAAAUUGUGUACGCCAUCUGAAACCUUCCUCAGGAUGUGCGAAUCUACUGACCUGAAUAUGACAUUCCAUCUUUUUAUUGUUGCAUUGGCCGGUGCUGGAGCUGCAGUUAUUGCUAUGGUCCAUUAUCUAAUGGUACUAUCUGCUAACUGGGCCUAUGUGAAAGACGCAUGCCGAAUGCAGAAAUACGAAGACAUCAAGUCGAAGGAAGAACAAGAGCUUCAUGACAUCCAUUCAACCCGCUCUAAAGAGCGGCUCAACGCUUACACAUAAAACUACGCUUCUACAUCUUUGUAACAUUUAAGUUCUAUGUUGUUUCAACUAACAGCCUCCCUUCCAUUGUACAUGAAAUUAAGUGCUUUUCCUAAAAGAUAGGUUGAGUGUCAUCUAUCUCCGUAACCUUUAUUGACCAGCACUUGGCAUCUUCACAGUGGUCUGUGUGACAAUGUCAUGUAAUAAGGAACACCCUAUUAGUCCUUCCUAAAUUGUCAUAAGGUGACUGGUUUCUUAGAUGAAGAAAAUUAACUGUUAAAUAAAGAUGUUUGUUUCCUUUUUUAACCACUUUAUAUGUGUUUUACAUAAAACAUUUUGCAUUGUUUCCUAUGUUUUUGAAGAGAAAGCUUUUUAUACUUUUUAGUUUUGAGUUUCAAAAACUACUUUUACCUACAGGUAAACUUCAAAGGGACCGUUGUACAGGAAGCAUGUACAAUAAUCUGCUUAUUGCUCUAAGUUCUAAACCAUGCAUGGACUGUUCAGGCUUCUCAGUAGUAUUUUGGCCCUAUGAAGACUCAUAGGUAUAAUUUCUGUUUGGCAGAUUAACAGGUGCUUCUGUAUUGGUGUUAUAUAUUAGUAUUAAUGUACGCUAUUACAAUCUCAGUUUUUAGAUUCUGGCAACUACAGUGAUAGAGACAUCUGUUUAAACUUGUGAGCAUGCCUAACGUGAUGAUAAUGAUGAUGCAUGGGCACGCCCAUUGAGAUGACGUCUUUUGCCAGUUAUUUCUCAAACAUGUAAGUGGUGUUUAGCCAUCAGAUAAUCUAUAGGUAAAAUAAGUAUCUAGACAUUUGGCUAUUAUUUGAUCCUAUCUUUUUUUAAAACCUAUUGUAAAGUAUGUCAUGUUAGCAAUGUAAUUACAUGUGUUCUCAUGUAUUAGUUCAUUCAAAUCUGAAAUAUCAUUAUAUUGUGUCCAUGGGUAUACAGCAUUUCCAUUCUUUCAAGUAAUGGAACUGUAGGUGUAGUUCUGCUUUGAGAUCAUUCCAGCAAACCGGUGUAGAAGUUUUCUUUUAAACAUUGUAAUAAUAUAACGUAGGGUAUUAAUAACAGUGUUACUGGACCAAAUUUGCUGUUUUCUUCUAUUCUGCCUCUUGGAAUGCUCUGGGAAUGCUGUGAAGUGUCUUUUCAAUUUAACAUUUUUGGCAAGAAUUUUUUUUUUUUUUGGCUGUAGUGAAAAAACAAAUCCUACAUUGUUUGUGCACUUUAUUGGUCAACUUUGUGACUAUUGAGUGUAAGUGCAUUGUUAAAUUAGAUAGUUUUUUGGGGUUAAUCCACCAACAUUAGAUAGUAUUGUUUGUGGGGUGGGGAUUGUGGUUUGUUGGUUCCACUUGCAUUGACAAUUUUUACAGGACUUUGCACUUAUAGUAAUGGAGAAGUUGUUGGCUGGUCAGUGUCCAUCAUGUGGCUAUGGGGUGUUGCAUUCUACAAAUGGAAUAUUAUCACAGUACAUCUACAUUGGUGCAUCAUACUCUUCCUCUGAUUGUGUUCAGCAUUUGUGCUAGAAGUAUCAUACAAACACAGGUAACAGUGGCAUACUGUAUGUACGUGUGAUUUGUAGAGGUGUAUAACAUAUUCUUUGUUCUGCAUAAGGAAACAUCCACGUUUAUUGCAAUGUCUCUUGAAGUCUAACAAUCUGUAGCUACAUAUUAGAAAGUGGAAUUUUGCAUGAAAAUAUGCUUACAUGUAUCUUUCUCAGUUGCUGUAGUAUAUAUUCCUAUUUUUUUUUCUAAUCUAUAUUCAUGAAGAGAUCUAAGUUGUAAAAUCUGAAUCAUUCCAUUCAACUUUUUAUUUUUCAAAGCUCCCAAAUUGCAGGGAUUCUAUGAAUGGUUAAUAAAAUCAGUGUAGCUUUUACUAGUUGCAUGGCCAACUUUAAUCCUAUAAACUUCAGUCUGAGAAAAGAGGUAUCUCUGGAAUUGUACCUUUUACAUCCUGGAGCUAGAUUCACUAACAAAUGGUUUGUCAGUGCUGCCGAUGAAAUGUGUAUUCGACCGAUGGAUUUAAAGUGGCAACAGAAAUAAAUGUUAGCCAUGGUGGUUUAGCAUUUAUUUCUUUUGCAUUUUAAAUCCUUCGGCAAUGCCACCAAUCAUCAGUGGCUUUGACAAACCGCGGGUUAGUAAAUCCAGUCCCUGGUAUUAAAAGGCAGGAUUUACUAGAAUGUUUUUUUUUUCUUAUUCUACGUGUCCCUAAUCCCUUAAAUAGACCUUUUUUGGGUUUGUUCACACCAGGACCAUAUAGGCACACUGGGCAGCUGCCUGAGGCCCCACAAUUUUAGUGGCCUCUGAGCAGGGACAGGUGGUGGUCACACAAUCAGAGUGGCCAGGCAGCAUUCUCUACUUGCCCUUAGCUUGCAGCCAGACUGUUAGCUUGCUGAUUGGUGGAUGGCUAGAGCUAUCCACCAAUCAGAGCACUGACAGCCAUUUACUGUAUGGAAACAUGUGGAGAGCCAGCGCAGGACUGUAGUAGUUGCAUGCUAUGAUUUUUUUUUAUUGGUUCCCAUGAAUGGGUCUACAAUGCUGUUAAGACGGCCCUGGUUCGCACAUGCACAAAAAACAAUACUAGUUAAAAAAAAAAAAACCUGGAAAAAUCUUUAUAGUUCUUGAUUUUAAAAUAACAUUAGAAGGACCUUCUUCAGGUUUCCCUGUAGUGUUAAAUACAUAACAUUUACACUUGUGUACAAGGCAUAUAAUAAACUUUUAUGCAUUAUACACUUGGCUUAAGCAUAUUGACUGCAUAUGACUUAUGUGUUGCAAAUUAAGCUUAAAGCUUACCUGUUGCCUAUACAUCACGGAUGCAGUUUUUCCAUGGACUGAACCAAAGUUCACAAAAAUAAUGCAAAACACUAGGAACCACUAACUUACUGAGGUAAGAAGCUACAAAUACUGCACAGUUAAAGUGGAUGGAUAUCACAAUUUAUUUUUUAAGCACAAGUAACAUGGAUGGUAUGAGCAGGUCAUAAUGGCCAAAGAGGACAUCCAAGAUUGGACAUGAGUGUCACUUGAUCUGUUCACACUCAAACCUUGGUGCACUUCUUCAGCCAGCUGUACCCCAAUUCAGCCAAACUUCCUGGCCAUUAAAUAGUACAAUUCCUUUUAAGGUAUAUGUUUGCCUAUCCAUGCUGUAUAUUGGAGAGUGCUAUUUACUCAGCUGAAAAUCAUUAUGUCAUAUAAAGUAUUAACUAGUGCGUUUAGACUCUUAGGUCAUAACAUAUGCAAUUUCUGGGUGUUCAGAGCAAUCUUGACACCCAAGUGAAGCCUCAUACCUCAGUGAUGUCAGUAGUUCUUUAGCUUAAGUUAGGUGCACUUAGGGGUAGAUGAAAGUGCAGGUAAUGCCAUUACAAUGGCAUAGUAAUUCUACCAAUCUGACCCCACUGUGCCCCAAAUUUGCAUAUUUUUGUUUGCAGCCCCACAGGGCCUUGUCGGCAUCACCCGCUCUUGAAUCAACCCCUUUAAGUGCCCACAGCUACCUAAGGGUAUAUUUGGGAAAUAUGUAAGAUCCCUGGGUCUAGUUAUUCAUUUUCUGAUCUCUCCAAUAUAAAUUUUUAAGUAAUACAUUUUCUUCAUCUAUAUAGAAAAUACAGCAAUUGCUGGGUGUUUCAUUAGGUUAAAAGAAAAACUUAUUUAGCAUCAUUUAGUAAUAUUGUGAUAUUUCUCCAAUAAUUUUUCUUUAUAUAACAUAAUGCACUCAUCAUGGGGAUUUAUUUGUAAAAAAGUUAAUUAAGCAUAAUACUAAUAUAGUUACUUGUUGCAUGCUUGAACAUUUAGUAGUAUUAGUUACAUUUUAUUUUAAUAAUUAUGUCUGUCAACAGUUCUCAGAUUUGUGCAGUAUUAAAAAAAACAGUUUAAGAAUAUUCUUCUAAACCUCUUUCAAAUUCUAUAUUGUAGUGUUUCAGUUUUGUGUCUCAAGCAGUUUGUGAUUUUUAAACUAAUGUCCUAUGGAUCAGUGUAAUAAUGUUGAUGCUUUUUGGCUUUCCUCUGGUAUUAGAGUUUGUAUUUUCACAAAGAAUGCUUUGUAGCAGGCAUUAUAAUUAAUCUGUUUUGUACAUAAAUGUGCCAACAGCUUCAUGCUGGCGUUUUUGAAAUGUAGAACAAAGUGCUUGCAAAAUGUAAUAAACACACUUGUGUACUUUGUGUAUUUA